AUAGAAAAAGAAACACAUCCUCAGUGCCAUGUCCUAAACUGAAUGAAUCUCUUCCCACGCAGCCACCCAUUGAGUCUUACAUUGGCUGUUCUUUCACGACGGUUCAUACGGGUGGAUCAGUUCAGUUCGGUCACCAAAAGCUAGGGUUUUUUUCCUGGGUGAAAAUGGGGGUGAAAGAUGAGAGCAACACCGAGCAGCCUCCCCUGGACCUGUUCCUGAAAAUCGGCUUAGAUGAACGGACUGCCAAGAACACAAUUGCCAACAAUAAAGUCACUGCAAAUCUCACCACCGUCAUUCACGAGGCAGCUGUAACUGAUGGAUGUGAUCGUACAGUUGGAAAUCUUCUGUACACAGUUGCUACAAAGUUCCCAGCAAAUGCCCUUGUGCAUCGCCCUACAUUGCUUAAAUAUAUAGUACUUUUGAAGAUUAAAACUCCAGCCCAGUUAGAAGCUGCAUUUUCAUUUUUAGCAGCUAGUGCUUCAGAGAGUUUCAAUGUCUCUGAAUUUGAAAAAACUUGUGGUGUUGGAGUCGAGGUCUCUGUAGAAGAUAUGGAGCAUACUGUUAAUGAGAUAUUUGGAGAGAACAAUAAUGCAAUUUUGGAGCAGCGCUAUCUUACAAAUGUUGGUGUAUUGUUUGGUCAUGUUCGAAGGAGGCAGCCAUGGGGCGAUCCAAAGAUUGUCAAGGAACUCAUAGAUGCUAAACUGUGUGUGCUACUUGGUGAAAAAACAGCUGCAGAUAAAGAGAAACCCAUAAAAAAGAAGAAAGAGAAGCCCGUUAAAGUAGAGGAAAAAGCUACUGCCGAAGACACUCCUCCACCAAAACCAUCUGACGAAGAACUUAAUCCUUUUUCAGUAUUCGCUUCACCAGAGGAAAAUUGUAAGAUAUGAUGAUACCAACCCUGAAGCUGAGAAGAAAGAAUAUAUAGAACAUAUUGAAGAAAUUGUACGAUGG